AUAUAUUGAUUAUGGUAGAUACCAUAUCGUGCAACAUAGCCACAUCCCUCCUCCAUUACACUUAAUUAUCCAUAUCUCUCUAUUUAAUGGCUCUUUCCGUAGUACGAUCGGCUGGUAUCUUGAUUAAGCCAUCCGAGAAGACUCCUUCCGUCACAUUGGACUUAUCGGCCAUCGAUCGGAUCCCCGUCCUAAGGUGCAAUGCUCGGACCCUUCAUGUCUUUAAGCAUGGACCUGGAGCUGCCCGAGUACUUCAGGCUGCACUGUCCAAGGCCCUAGUUCCGUACUACCCUCUAGCAGGACGGCUGACAGAGCCGGUGCCUGGUCAGCUCCAGGUCGAGUGUUGCACGGAAGGGGUCAGGUUCGUCGAGGCCAUGUCGGGUUGCAUCCUUGAGGAGGUUGAUUACUUUCAAGACGUUGAGUCCAUUCCGUAUGAUGAGCUUCUUCCCGAGAAGUACGAGGACCCUGACGGGAGAGAGCCUCUCAUCCAGAUGCAGGUAACACAAUUUGCCUGCGGUGGCUUCGUGAUAGGCCUAAUAUUCUGCCACAGCAUAUGUGAUGGUCUGGGAGCGGCCCAAUUCCUCCAUGCUGUGGGCGAAUUUGCAAGGGGCCACGAAUCACUCACAAUUGACCCAAUUUGGCACCGAAACUUCUUCACAUCUCACAAAAUAGCCCCUGAUAAUCCUCCAAUGUUCCCAUUGAGCCAACCACCUCCCAUGCCCAAUUACCAACUGAACCAUGCCAACAUAGACGUGCCCCUCGACCAAAUCACACGGCUCAAGCUCAAGUCCCAUGAACUUAUGGGCCAAAACUGCUCGACGUUCGAAGCCGUGGCAGCCAGCUUCUGGAGAUCACGAACUCAGGCAGUGAGGUUUGACCCGGGCACUCAGGUCAUGCUCGUGUUCUUCGCGAACUGCCGGGACGCCGUGGAUCCGCCUCUGCCCAAAGGGUUCUACGGGAACUGUUUCUUCCCGGUCACUAUCGAGGCCUCUAGCGAUUGGAUUGAGAAGGCCUCGUUUGCUGAUGUGGUGAAGCUGAUACAGCAAGCUAAGUCCAAGCUGCCCAUAGAGUUUGCCAGGUACAUGCAAGGGGAAUGCCACGUUGACCCGUUCGCGCCGCCUCUGGUCUACACGACCCUGUUCAUGUCGGAAUGGGGACGGUUGGGGUUCAACCAAGUGGACUAUGGAUGGGGGCCGCCCGUCCAUGUCGUCCCCAUACAAGGCUCGAGCAUCAUCCCGGUUGGGAUCGUCGGGGUGUUGCCCCUGCCUCAGAAAGGGAUCCGCCUUAUGACGUGGUGCAUCGAGGAGGACCAUAAGCAGGGCCUGCUCAAUCAUAUGGGGAAAGUUUUAUCGACUCCGGGAGAUCUAAAAUAGAGAAGAUUACUUGUGGAGACAAGUGCUUCAAAUGUUUGUGAAGUCUCUUGCAUCUGUUGUGGAUUUAAGGCGAUACAUUGUUUGAACUUGAACUGAAUAACAGCAUUGCAUUAAGCAUCGACUCAAUAAAACGAAGUUGACCCACGACUAUCGGGCCCACGGGAAUACCCAUUAGUGGACUGGCCCAUAUGCAAAACUGAGCCUCGGCUGAUGAAGAAUUGAUCAGCAAUUUGAAGAUAGGGGGCAACGAUGAUGAGUGACUUGAAAGAAGAGGACUGUACUUUCACGAUCUGGCCAUGAAUAAUGACAAGUUCCGCUCGUA